UGCUGCCAGAGACACUUCUGCGCUUCCAGAAGGGCAAGAGACGCACAGAAGACACCGGCGCUAAUGAGCUGGGGACUAUUGUGAGACUUUGCAUGUUUUUGGUAUCCUUCUCGCACUUUUAAACUGUUUGCGAGGAAGCCAUCGCGUCUGUUGUGGAUUUAACUUUUUUUCUGAGAUCAUGAACUAAAGUGUUAUGCGCUGAACUCUUCAUUCACGGAGUUUUAACCGGCGGGAUUUCUACAUUUAAAGGCAUCUAUUGGGACACCAGGACUCCAUCUGCGUCUCUGAUAUGGGACUUUAGGUUUAUAUCUCUCAUAUCAUCUUUCCUGGAGUGAAUUCGGCUGGUUCAAAACAUUUACGCUCUUCCAGAAAUGGUGGGGCAUUUACAUUUGCAAGCUAUGGAUGAGAGUUUGAAAGGAAAGAACCGGGAGGGACUGCUUGAUAGUCCGGAUUCAGGACUCCCUCCAAGCCCCAGUCCACCCUUCUACUCUCUGUCACCGGGGAUCCUCAAGUCACGCUCCGGCAGCUGCUCAACCCCAAAUGAGCUGCAAGGAUACUGCAGAAAGGAGAGCCGGGAAGGCAAACUGCUGCCAUACUUGCUCCUGAACUCUCAAGGUCCAGAUGCGAAGUCACGCAUGUACCCUGUGGUCUAUGGAGAGAGCAUCGAGGUUAACCCCAAACCAGAAAAAGAGAUCAAGUUCAACUCUGUGGUGAAGUACGCUUCAGACAGACACUUCCGUGACCAGGUGUUCUGCGCCCAGGUCCCCACCGCCACAUCCUUCAGCGAGACGGUGGUGGCCGUUCAGAACUGCACGUGGCGCAGCUACAAGUCAGAGGUUCACUUCGAGCCACGGCACAGGCCGCUACACUUCCAAAGCACGACCAUCGUGUUCCCCAAGCACACCCGGAAUACAUACCGCACCACGCUGAACUACAAUGGCAACAGAAACGCAGCCGGCCGCCGGCGGUUUGUGUCCACAGUCAGGCUGGAGUCCACCGAGGACGCCAGUCCAUGCAUCAUUUACACAGAAGACCUCUGAGAGACACAUAUCAGAGAUGUGUUAUCCUUCCCAGAAUUCAAAAACUCCCUUUGGUUAGAGAGCUACAGUGAGAGUACAUGGACUAAAACCCCAAUUCAACGACGGAUGCUCAGUGAGGGUCAUUUUGUUCUUUUGCUUUCAGUGACAUUGGUACUUGAUGUUGGAGAUGAGCUGGAGUUGAGUGUGUAUUUGCGGUCUUUACAUAUGUUUUACGUGUCAGUGAUGUAUUUAUGUACAUCUGGAGAUUUUUUCUUUGAAUUUUAAUAUCCAGUCGUACCAGUCAGGUGGAGGGAAAAGCAUUUGGGGCAAAACAGUUUCUGCUGUUUGCUGAUUCACAGGCCCGCGAGGAAUCUAAGCCCUCAGAAUUCCACCGAAAAAAACGUAGGACUUUUAUGCAAUUUUCCAUUUUAAUUAUACCAUAAAAUUCUGCCAAUAUUCCCCCCAAAAAUGUAAAAACAGGCAGAGUCCAUGGGGGCCUACUUUAUUGUCUUAGUAUUGCGGAUUCUUACAAAUGCUCACACAGGAAAGAGUUCAUAAUUAAAACGAAAUGCAUAAGCACAUUAUAUGUGGACGAGAGCACAAAGUCAUUAGACCUCAGUCAGGUUAGAUGCUGCAUUGAAUUUAACACCGAUGUCAAAAAUUAAACAUGCUAACCAUGACUAAGGUCUACUGACAUUAAUCUGUAGACUAUCAGAACUGGCUGAGGAAAUAUAAACUGUAUUUAAGUUGCACUUAUGGAAAGUUGUUUUUUUUGUUUUGGCUGUAAAUGUGUUGGUAUGACUAAGGGCAAAUCAACGUGUAGGAGCACUUGAAAGGUUGGACCAAAGAUUCUGUAAAAUUCAGAGAAAGGGAAAUACAACCUUAAAUAUUUCCUCCCUUUCUGUUUGUACCUCAGAAUAAUGUCUUGCACAAGAGUUUCAGAAGCUGCCUGACGUGCUAAUAAUUCAGUGGCCAAAAUAAGAGCUGCACUCACAGAAUGACAGGAAACAGAAGGUUGUAUUUGAAAUAAGUGGACUGAGCAUGUGUUAGAUGAGACAAUUCGGCAUAUUCGGUUCUCAAAUGCUGGAUUUGUGAGACGGGUUUAAUCUCUGAACAGAGACGAGGUUCUUUGACCUCCUGAAGCCUGUACGGUUAUACUUUGCGAUUGCACGGUUAGAUAAUGUCAAAGGUAAUUAGUAAUUUCGGACUUUUUUCGGAGCCAGUUUGUCUCAGCCAAAAUCUAGAUUCCCAAACUGAGCUCCUGUCUCCUCCAGCGAGUGCAUUUCCUCUUUCAUGUAUAACACACUCUUUUGUGGAGCAGAGCUGUUGUUGUUUAGGGAGGCGAUGAGAUGUAACGGAGCAGUGCGCGGAGAGAGAGAUUUGGACUGAGCAGUAAAGCAUUAUGGAGGUGUAAGUACGUCAUGUCUGUCUUAUGUCUGGACUAUACGCUUUCAAUUCUGUAAAAGCUGAAGUGGGUUUUGUAAAUUUAGAUCUCUUACCUCAUUCAUUUUCUUUUUUUUAAAUUUCUGAUUUUAUAUAAUAGAGAUCUUCUGGUGCCUGAAAAUAGAAAAACAGUGACAGAGUAUGUUUCCGUCUGGUAUGUGGAUGUGUUUGAGUUUUGAGAGGAAAAGCUUGGCAGUACAAAUCAAAAGAGCCAAGUCUAACUAGUGUAAGACAGGAAACUAGUGCAUGUAUAUUCCAUGACACGAUGAAAAAAUCAUCAGGGGUUCAUCAGAAGCCAUGACCGAUAAAUAACUUCCUGUUCACUCAAGAUGGACAUUUGAUAAGUUGUUAGAGGAAUUUUAGCAAUGUGUUGAAAGCAGAUCCGAGGGGAGAUGUAUGAAAUUUUAUGAUUACAUUUGUUUGGUGUACAAAUGCUUUCCGCUAACAGAUGGAUUUUGUUUGAUUUCCUAACACGGUGAUGUGUGUUUCUGUAAAAUACUUUCCUGUUGUAUAUGUGGCAUACAGCACUCGUAAUUCUCUUUAUAUUUUUGUAUAAUUCCCAACUUAAUGGUCUUCUUUUGGACAACAGAUGAGAAAAUAAUUUAAGAAAAAAAACAUGUAUAUCCAAACCGAUUAAAUAAAAGCCCCA